ACGCAAGAUACUGAGACAAUGCCCCCACCAACAAGCACUGUAAGACGAACCACGCGUUUGAGAUCAUCCACUGCUUCGACUAGAGGAACAGCUAAUUUGUCCACUGCUCCACCACUUUCCAAUAUCCGUCGAACUCCUCGUCGUGCUUCAACACAAAGUUCCAAUAGCAGGAGCUGA